UCUACCAUAGCAGCUGUUUUGCAAUGAGAGUGUGGAGUGGGUUUUGUAUGUGUUAGUUAAUACGUUGGCUAAUGCAUUGAACCAUUAUUUUCACGUGUUUUCUAUAUUGAGAAUGGUAACUUAAAGCAUUUACAAUAUGUCACGUCAUAGAAUUGUGCGGGCAAUGGAUUAUUCCGAAGAAUAUGACGGAUUUGAUGAUGUUUAUGGUCAUUCUGUGGAAGAUGAUUACUGCAUCUCACCAAGUGAUGCUGCUCAGUUUAUGUUUGAUCGUACAAGGCAGCCUCAGAUGUCAGCCUUUUUUAAUGAAGAGAAUGACAUUGCAGAAGAAGAUGAGUCAAACAUAGAAAUUUGUAAACAAAAUCAUUCUGGCAAGUACCAACGGCCUGAUCUUAGCAAGGUGGAUGAAGUGCGGUUGCAUUCGUGCCUUGAAGAAAUACGCAAUGUUAUUGGUGACUCCAUUCCAGAGCACGUUUUAAUCAAUACAGUCUUGAAGAAUGAGUUUAAUUUCAAUAAGGCACUGGAUGCUGUAUUGACCAGUGUAACUUCUGCUGCAGAAAAACCAGAAGCAGAUGCUCCGAAACCACAACGUGAGAGGAGAACCAGAGACAGAGAUGAUGAGGGUGCUAAACGAUCUACAGGUAUUCCUGAUGAACCUAGAAUUGAUGAUUCCAGCACUAGUAGCAGGCAGAGUGGUACCGUUCUCCAGGAGGAGAAAUUGGCUACAGCACCUACUGUAAAGGUGGUUCCUCCUGGCACCAAAACUGUCAACAUCACAAAAGGCUUUGAUGUACCUACUGAGAAACCUGAACGAGAUGGCAGUGACAGUUUGAAGCCUGAAUCAAAUACAGCUUCCCCUCGAUCUCAGUCUCCAUCUUCUGGCAGAAUGAGCCCUUCCAGCAUGGGGGCGAACAUUACUGAUAGCUUGUCUGAUUACAAGACUUUGGUUGUGAAAGAAAUGAAGAUGUCUGCAAGGUCUCAUGACAAUAAAGUGGAUAUCCUAGCUCAUUACCAGCAAGAACGUGGUCAAAGCAAAGAACAGCUUCAUAUGGUUGUGAUAGGUCAUGUGGAUGCAGGCAAGAGCACUCUCAUGGGUCAUCUUCUGUACUCACUUGGUCAGGUUAACAAGAAGAUAAUGCAUAAGUAUGAGCAAGAGAGUAAGAAACUAGGAAAGCAGUCCUUUGUUUAUGCUUGGAUUCUGGAUGAAACUGGGGAAGAAAGGUCACGUGGCAUAACAAUGGACAUUGGUCAGUCUAAAUUUGAGACGAAAACAAAAGUAGUUACACUUCUAGAUGCUCCAGGUCAUAAAGACUUCAUUCCCAACAUGAUUACGGGAGCAACUCAGGCUGAUGUUGCUCUGCUGGUAGUAGAUGCUACUAGGGGAGAGUUUGAAACAGGUUUUGAGAGUGGUGGACAAACUAGAGAACAUGCCCUGCUUGUGCGAUCAUUGGGUGUUUGUCAGCUGGGUGUUGUGGUGAAUAAGCUGGACACAGUCAGCUGGUCACAGGAGAGGUUUGAAGAGGUUGUUGGGAAGCUGGGAGCCUUUCUUCGGCAGGCUGGAUUUAGAGAAUCGGAUGUCACAUUUGUUCCAUGCAGUGGCCUUACUGGAGAAAACCUUAUUUCUCCUCCAUCAGAGUGCAUGUUACUGCAGUGGUACAAAGGGCCAUGCCUUUUGGAUGUUAUAGAUAAAUUUAAAUCUCCUGAACGACCCAUCACAAAACCAUUCCGUUUAUCAGUAAAUGAUAUCUUCAAAGGAACUGGAUCUGGAUUUUGUGUCUCGGGACGUGUGGAAACUGGAAUGGUUCAGGUUGGAGACAAAGUGCUUGUCCAGCCUCAAAAUGAAGGCGCUGUAAUAAAAGCUUUGAAUAUUGAUGAUGUAGCAGUGCAAGUGGCAUUUGCUGGGGAUCAUGUAAGUGCAACACUGUCAGGCAUUGACAUGCAGAAUGUUUCAGUGGGGUAUAUCUUGUGUGAUCCAAUGCAGCCCAUUCCAGUCACAUCUCACUUUGAAGCUCGCAUUGUCGUCUUCAAUGUUAAACUUCCCAUAACGAAAGGAUAUUCGGUUAUUCUCCAUCACCAGUCAUUGCUAGAACAGGCUGUCGUCACUAAACUGGUAGCUCAGUUGCACAAGAGUUCUGGAGAGGUUAUCAAACGACGACCACGAUGUCUGGUGCGCAACUCAAAUGCUGUUGUUGAGCUAGAAACAUCUCAUCCCAUCUGUUUGGAACUGUACAAGAACAUCAAGGAACUUGGACGAUUCAUGCUGAGAGUUGGAGGGAUUACUGUUGCUGCAGGUCUUGUUACGCAGAUAUUCUAAUGUGUGCAAGGUACAUUGGAGAUGCUGCAGAAGUCUGAGAGAUUUUCAAGCUGAAGACUGGAAUCUGACUGACAAAAAGUGUAUUUCUGUUGCUUAACAAUGGAUGAAAAAUAAUAACAGUAUUCAGUAUGUGAAACACAGUUGUAGUUAGAUUUUAUCUUCUAGAAAGAAUGACACUCUUACUUUGACAUACCAAUGUAUUAAAAGAUAAUUAAAAAUAUAUGGAACUGGUUUCAUGUUGCAGAUUCA